AUGGCAGUGGCGAAGACAACAAAGAUGGUGUUGAAAGGGGACAUAGGUGUUGAAAAGAAUGCGCAAUAUCAAGCAGUUCAAAAGAGAGAUUCAGGGAGAUACUCCGCGCAAAUUAAAUAUCCAUGGAAAAAAAGUCGUGUUUGGCUAGGUAUGUUUGAUACAGCGGUGGAAGCAGCGAAAGCAUAUGAUGCAGUUGCUAUUAAGUUUCGCGGGAUGAAAGCGAAGACAAAUUUUCCAUUUCCCACACCGCCGGUCAAUUUGCCUCCAAGGCAAAGUAGUUCUAUUGAGUCAGUGAAUGGGAUGUUGGCUGUUGAAUUACCACUUCCACUGGAUCUAAGCUUCGGAAGGAGCUACUCAUCCUCCUCUGUUUGGAGAAGGCAGUGUUUAUUCAGGGAGGUGGUUGUUGAGAAAAAACCCUCGGUUUCUAUCAUUGGUAUCAGAGCAGUAAGAUCUGUCAUGUUUAACACACGAACCAAUGCUUCCCACAGCGAACCUAUCAUGUCGACUCCCGAUCAUAUUGGCCAGCAAUUAACCACUAUAGCAGCGAAAUUGGGAGCCAUUGACACUUUGGCUACUGAUCUGGCUGCAUUAAAAGCACAAAGCAUACAAAAUAUAAAGUUUUACUAG